AUGGCAGAGAAGAGCCCUGACCCAAGCGGCUCUGUGGCUCGAAGAUGUCACGCAACAAGUGCUUCGUCCAAUUGGGUUCGUCUUAAUGUCGGCGGCACGUACUUUCUCACCACCAGACAAACUCUGUGCAGGGAUUCAGAAUCAUUUCUGUACCGCCUGUGCCAGACCGACCUCAACUCUGACAAGGAUGAAACGGGUGCGUACUUGAUCGACCGAGACCCAACGUACUUCGGUCCAGUGCUCAAUUAUCUAAGACAUGGCAAACUGGUGCUCAACCGAGGACUCGCAGAAGAAGGUGUGCUGGAAGAGGCCGAGUUUUAUAACAUCACUUCAUUGAUCAAACUAGUGAAAGACAAAAUCAGGGAGCGGGACUGCAAAACUUCUCGGUUCAUUUCAGUUAUUGAGGAGUCUGAUGGCUUGUGGAAAGAAACUGGGUCUGAUUCUGAGGGCCUGAAUUGCUCUUGUCAAUGAAGGUCCAAAAUCUUCAUGAAGCGGAACACAACCCAGGAAUCGGACUCUUUCUUCACUGGACAAUAAACCUUAACAG